GGGCUUCCUGUUGAUGGAGAUUAACAUCGCUGAGUGCAAACACCAUCCCGCCCCCAGCUCUGCCUCACUGCUCUGGGGCGACACACAUCAGGCUGUCAGCAGCCGUUCCCGGAAAGCGCAGGCCGCAGGGUCCUGCCCACAGUGCCACCGUCACUUUCCACCGCGCUCCCCUCCGGUAUUACGCUAACACGGGCAUCGGGAGGAAACAGCGAGGAGGGACCUCUCCCCAGCAUGGCACAGAUGCUUGUCAGUGGCUGUAAGCCCACCCAGGAGGGGCUGCCCCUCGGGCAGGACGACAAUGGACUUCCCUUCCAGAUUUUUCCAGACCCCUGCGAGUCGUGCGAGGGCCAGGGGAAGUUGAAGGAUCGCCUGCCCUCCAUCGUUGUGGAGCCGACCGACGUCAGUGAGGUGGAGAGCGGCGAGCUGCGGUGGCCCCCCGAUGACUUCCCCGUCGCCGAGCCCGAGGCAGACGGCGGGCCGGCGUCGUCCGGGGACCGGGGACAGAGCCCGAGCGAGACAGAAGGAGAGCAGCACGAACAGGCAAGCGGAACAACAGGACCCGGUGCAGCCUCACCUCAUCCCGACUGAGCCCAGGACUGGACGCAGACUGCACCCCCUCCGCUCCGCUCUCUCAGCUCACCCCCACCCCCCACCCGCCACCUGCUCUCCCCACACCGUUGUACAUUUUCAGGUUCAAUAAAGUUUUUUGC